CAUAUAAUAUGAUGGAAUUGGAUCAGUACAAGAUACUUGAGAAGAUUGGUGAAGGAGCAUAUGGUGUGGUAUACAAGGCUCUUGACACAAAGAACAAUGCGAUUGUUGCUGUGAAGGAAAUUCGCGUCCCUAAAUAUGAUGGCAUACGGGCCUCAAAUCUAAGAGAAGUGGUGAUUUUGAAAACAUUGCAACAUGACAACGUUGUCAGGGUGCUUGAUGUCGUGUACACUCAUAAGGGACUGUAUUUGGUUCUUGAGUACCUAGACGUAAACUUAGAGAAACACAUGUCCUCUUGUCUAAGAUAUUCCGAUGAUCCCCAUCUUAUUAAAGUGUUUCUGUACCAACUUUUACGUGGUAUUGCUUAUUGCCACUCUCAUGAGGUGAUGCACAGAGAUCUAAAGCCUGAAAACCUGUUGAUAGAUCUUAAAACAAAAACUCUCAAGCUUGCAGACUUCGGGUUCGCUAGGUUUAUUCGUUACAAGCCCUUAUCACUUGAGGUAAUGACGGUUGCUUAUACACCGCCAGAAAUUCUUCUUGGAUCUAAGGAAUAUUGCUUUAGUGCUGAUAUGUGGUGCAUUGGUUGUAUUUUUGCUGAGAUGGUAAAUCGCAAAACACUCUUUGGUGGAGACUCCAAGAUUCGUCAAUCAGUUAAAGGAAAUUCUCAAAUUCGCCAACUCUUCCAUAUUUUCAAAACCAUGGGUACUCCAAAAGAGGAUACAUGGCCAGGAAUUACUUGUCUGCCCAAUUUUAUGCCGACUUUUCCGGAGUUUGUUGCAAAGGACCUUGCAGUUGUUGUUCCAGACCUUGAUAAAGUGGGCCUUGAUCUCCUACGUAAAAUGCUAUCAGUCCAUCCGAGUAGCAGAAUUACUGCUAAGUUGGCAUUGGAGCACGAGUUUUUCAAGGGUAUUUCAUUUCCUUAAAAGCUGUUAUUUUGUGAGAUAUAUACGCGCAUAUAGUAUUCUGGGAGAUUUUUUUUUUUCUACCUGUGGGACUACUUUGAUCAAUCGACAAAGACCCACUAGCGUCAAUGUAGAUCCCGGACGAAAGCUCUUAUUACUUUCCUGAACCGUGGUGCCAUGGUGGUAAUAAACACGUAUGGAAGAAGUUUCUGAAUAGAAUAGAUGAAUUGAGGACUUGAGGUAGAAAUGUUUUCUAUUUCCUGCAAGUUAGAAAUGUUUUUGAACAUGAAAUUGUGGUUUAGAUUCCGUAUCUAUACUCUUUAGUUUAAUAACCCUAUGAAUUAUUUUGUAUCAAUUUAAAUUAGCAAGCACUUGAU